UAUUUAUCUGAUUAAUGCACUCCAGUCAUUAUUUUUCAGCUGACCCUGUCCUCCUCCCUCCCGUCAUUCUCUCCAAGUAGGUGUACAGUGUUGAGCAUUAUGAUGGCACCGACGGCUAUCUACACUCCUUCUCCCGACCCAAUCACAUCAGAAGUCAAGAAGUCACAAAUCAAUGGAUCACCUUACGAAAUUAUCAAAGGGCCUGCCCUUGCGAUAGGUUCAUUGGACACUGCUCAGGACGGAAAGUACCAAUCGCUUCUUUUCCGCCUCAAUGCACAGGCAGGGCAGGCCGCGGAAAAGCAGAUGCUUGAUCGGCUCCUUGAUGGAGCAAUAUCGUUGGCUCCAUCAAGUUAUGCUUCCAUCCAUGUUGUACUCUCCCCAUCAGAAUACACUUCACUCUCGCCAAAUCUACAAUCUCUCCUUCAGCAGACCAUCGCUGGUCUGACGCCCCUGGGAACUCUUCAUCUUCUUAAUUUAACCGCGGGCUUCCUGAGUCUGCCUCAUGAGCUGACUCUGGCUGGAUUCACGAUCAUUGAGAGUGUGAAAGAUGGUUCUGACGCCAGAAUAGUUGCUCAGAAGCCUUUGCCAAUCGUAAUGCCUCUACCUUCUGCACUUCCUCUCCGAAGGAAGACCGACCCUGCCAAGCAGUCCUCCAAAAAGGCUCUUUGGGCACUCUCAUCAUCCUCCACUCCCACAAUUGAUGCCGAAGCCCUCUUAACAGCGGCAGAUCGUGUACGUCCAGUCCCAACGUGCGAUCCUGUCAUUGCAGGUGCGCCAAGGAGGAAGAAGGCGUGCAAGAAUUGCUCAUGUGGCCUUGCUGAGCUGGAAGCCGAGGAGGCCAAGUCAAGUAAAGUAGUCCUGCUCGACAGCGACAACGCUGUCGAGGUGGGAGCUGGUGACAUGGCGAAGAGUUUGAUCGCUGCCGCUAAAGCUGCACCCAAGGCAACUAGUAGCUGUGGGAGCUGCUUCUUGGGCGAUGCUUUCCGAUGUGCCAGCUGUCCUUAUCUUGGUGCGUUUAUAACAAUGCUUUCCUAUUGGUUCAAAGCUCAGAAAAUCCGCUGAAAAAGGUCUGCCUGCAUUCAACCCGGGUGAGAAAGUGGAGAUUGACUUCGGGAUGGAUGACAUUUGAGCACUAUCGUUACACUUUAAUCAUUGUGACGACGUCGCCAUACCUCCAUGUAUGUAAACCGCUGUAUGAUAUUAUUUAUAUUGUACUAUAUUGCUUACAAGACAUUA